UUUGGGAGUGGGAGUGGAAUCAAAUCAUUGAUUGGGUCAAUUGAGGCGCUUCACCGCGUUGAUUUUAGGAAUAGGGAAUAAGCCUUAUAAAUUAGAGCUUACACUUUCCAAAGUUUCAAAGCAAAAAACAUUUCAUCAUCACUUAGUUCAUCAAACUAACUACUUGUCUUGUUUCUUGCUUUUUUGUUUUUUCCCCUCAAAAAUCUUUUUUAUUUUCUUUUCCAAUAAUUCGAAAAUGAAGGACAAGUUUACAGGGACUAUUCUUCAGAGUGAUGCACUUGCCCAGUAUAUUUUGGAAACAAGUGCUUACCCGAGAGAGCAUGAGCAACUCAAAGAACUAAGAAUGGCUACCGUCGACAAGUAUCAGUGGUGGAGUAUGAUGAAUGUAACUGCUGAUGAGGGACAAUUCAUUUCAUUGUUCUUGAAAACGAUGAAUGCAAAGAAAACAAUUGAAGUUGGAGUUUUCACUGGCUACUCUCUCCUCACUACUGCUCUUGCCCUCCCUGAUGAUGGCAAAAUCAUCGCCAUUGACCCGGACAGAGAAGCAUACGAGACUGGAUUGCCGUUUAUUCAGAAGGCGAACAUGGCCCACAAAAUUCAGUUCAUUCAAUCUGAUGCCUUCAAAGUUAUGGAAGAACUCAAGGCCAACGGUGAAGAAGGAACAUUUGAUUUUGCAUUCGUGGAUGCAGACAAGCAGAACUACAUCCACUACCACGAACAACUAUUGAAACUGAUAAAGGUAGGGGGAAUAAUAGCGUACGACAACACAUUGUGGUCGGGAACUGUAGCAGCGUCCGAUGACGAUGAGAUGGAGGAAUAUCUAAGGAGGGUUAGAGUUGACAUCAUGCAACUGAACACUUUCUUAGCAGCUGAUCAACGUAUUGAGUUGGCUCAACUUUCCAUCGGAGACGGCCUCACUCUUUGCCGACGUGUCAAAUAGACACAUUCUAUUUUUAUAACAUAUAUAUUAUAAUGUAUCCUUUCUUGUUUGUGUUUUUUUCUUCUUCUUUUGUAUGGUUGUUAUUAUUAUUAUUAUUUCUUCCCUAUCAUAUAUUGAUCAAGCUCAUUUGAUUUGGAGUUUCAAGUGUACAACUUUGUUGAAAUAAAAAUUAAUUGUUGAUGUUUAUUAA